GAAAAAAUAAAUAAAUUGAUGACGUAUUUGAUAUCUCCUUUUCUUUCUUUUUGCUAACCACGCCGGCAAGCUCUCUCCAUAUGUAUGAGAUUUAUUUGUUUAUCCUCAAGUCUUUCAUAUCCAUUUUGGCUGUGGAUAGCCCUUUGUAUCGAAGAUUAUAUCUGGUUUUCAAACAGUACGGAGCGUCUUCAUGUCCUCAACAAAUGAUCAACAAGCGCGUAAUUGAGGUCAUUGCAGGCGCUUUUGUGUGCCUGCAUAACUGGAGUCAGCGCUUAAGAAAGUGUCUGCAGGCUGCCUGCAAAUCCCGUGUCCAGAAAGAUUUCGGUGGGCGAAGGCUGGAGGGCCUGAACCUUGCCUAAUUUGUAGGCGCUUCAAAAGCGCCUGCAACUAGAAAGUGCCUGCAAUAAUCUAAUUUGUAUAUUUUUUCCUACUUUCAUUAAGUUUAGGUGUUAGAGCAAUUUUUAUGGUUUGUGAUGAAGUUUUCAUGUCAUAAUAUAUAUUAGUAACAUAA